GGGGACGGCGGAGGAAAGCGGAGCCCCAUCGGCUUCAGGGGUCUGGCGGUGCUUUGGGUCCGUAGGUGCCAGGGAGGCUGGCGCCUGUCGUCCCGAGUCGGGGCUCUGGGUGUCCCGCCAGCUGCCUGGGGCUGAGGCGGGCGGCCGGGCGAGCGGGACGGGGAGGGGGCCGGUCCGCUGCGCUGCUCCUGCUGCAUUGCAGCCUCCCUCCCUCCCUCCCGCCGUCCGUCCACCCAUCCGUCCCUCCCUCCCUUGGCGAGUGGCGCGCUGCACAAUGGCGGCUCCCAGCCCGGGUCCCGGCUCUGGCUCCGGCCCUGGUGGCGGGUCCCAGGCGGCGCACACGACAGUCAGCAGCAUGCAGGGUAAGCGCAGAGCACUGAAGCUGAACUUUGCAAAUCCACCUUUCAAAUCCACAGCAAGAUUUACUCUGAAUCCAACUGGAGUUCCUUUUCAGAAUCCACAUAUAGAGAGACUGAGAACACACAGCAUUGAAUCAUCAGGAAAAUUGAAGAUUUCUCCUGAACAGCAUUGGGAUUUUACUGCAGAGGACUUGAAAGACCUUGGAGAAAUUGGACGAGGCGCUUAUGGUUCUGUCAACAAAAUGGUCCACAAACCAAGUGGGCAAAUUAUGGCUGUUAAAAGAAUUCGGUCAACGGUAGAUGAAAAGGAACAGAAACAGCUUUUGAUGGAUCUGGAUGUAGUUAUGCGAAGUAGUGACUGCCCAUAUAUUGUUCAGUUUUAUGGUGCACUCUUUAGAGAGGGUGACUGUUGGAUCUGUAUGGAGCUCAUGUCUACCUCGUUUGAUAAAUUUUACAAAUAUGUAUAUAGUGUAUUAGAUGACGUUAUUCCAGAGGAAAUUUUAGGCAAAAUCACUUUAGCUACUGUGAAAGCGCUAAACCACUUAAAAGAAAACUUGAAAAUCAUUCACAGAGAUAUUAAACCUUCCAAUAUUCUUCUGGACAGAAAUGGAAACAUUAAACUCUGUGAUUUUGGCAUCAGCGGACAACUUGUAGACUCCAUUGCCAAAACAAGAGAUGCUGGAUGCCGACCCUACAUGGCGCCAGAGAGGAUAGACCCCAGUGCAUCCAGGCAAGGAUACGAUGUACGCUCUGAUGUCUGGAGUUUAGGGAUUACAUUGUAUGAACUAGCCACAGGACGGUUCCCAUAUCCCAAAUGGAACAGUGUGUUUGAUCAGCUGACACAAGUAGUCAAGGGAGACCCACCACAACUGAGUAAUUCAGAGGAACGGGAGUUCUCAAGUUUCAUAAACUUUGUCAACUUGUGCCUUACAAAGGACGAGUCCAAAAGGCCAAAGUAUAAGGAGCUUCUGAAACAUCCCUUCAUCCUAAUGUAUGAGGAACGAACAGUGGAUGUUGCGUGCUACGUUUGUAAAAUCCUGGAUCAAAUGCCAGCAACUCCCAGCUCUCCAAUGUAUGUUGAUACUGCUGCUACAUCAAAACUCUAGUGCAAGUGCUGAGAGAAAGCAAGAUGUACAGAAUCUUCAUCCCACAUUGCAGUGUUUUAACGCUCGCCCAGACACCAUGUGCAAUAAUGUUGGUGUUUUUCUUCCAUUCUGUCUGUAUAUUAUUGUCACUUAUAAAGUGCGUCCAUGUAAUACCAGAUCACACAGUGUUAGUGUCAGUCAAAGAGAGACCUCAUUUGCUCUUUUUGUGGACAUAUUCAUGAAAUGUGGAAACAAAUGACAUUUAUUCAUUGACCAUGAUUGGAUAGCACCUAGCGUUCUAGACUUGGAGACUUCUCAGCAAUUACUGGAAUGAUUUUAUUCUCUCAGACUCUUCCAAUUGUUGUUACAAAUAAUUUAAAAGAAAAGGAUGUUAGGCAUUGUCUGUCUAAAAAUAAAGAGACUCUGCUUGGGGAGAGCUU